CACACAAACACUAUUUUUUUCUUUCUUUCUUUCUUUCUUUCUUAAAUGCCAAUACGUUGUAAUUGACGGACCCAGAGACGGACACACCACCGGAGCUUUCUCUCUCUGGGGUUUUUGGACACAUCCAACCACUGUAUCGGAGAGAGAAACUGCCCGGACCUCCGUCUUCAACCUCAUUCAUUCCUCUCUCUCUCUCUGCUCCUUCUUCAACUGUUGUGGUUCUUAGGUAGGAGAUUCUUGCCUUUCUCCACUCUCUCUUUGUUUCGCUAUGCGUUACUACUCUCUUUAGGUUUAGUUUUGUGGACGAAGAAGAAGGAGGAGGAGAAUAAGAAUACGAGAAGUUUGGGGUGUGGUGGCUGACCUUGGGUAAAAGAAGGCCUUUUGUUGUAUUCAGAUGGUGCGGACAGAGAACGAUGUUGGCAACGGGAGAGAGAGGAGCCCACUUGGUGAAAAUGGGUUCUUGAAAGGUUCACAACCUUCUCCUAGUACAAGUGGUUCGAACACGAGUCUAAGUACGGUUCAGAGUAGGUUCGAAGGGAAAGAUGCUCUUUCUUAUGCCAAUAUUCUUCGGUCCAGAAACAAAUUUGUUGAUGCUCUUGCCCUUUAUGAGAAUGUCUUGGAGAAAGAUGCUGGGAAUGUAGAAGCUCAUAUCGGAAAGGGGAUUUGUUUACAGAUGCAGAAUAUGGGAAGGCUUGCCUUUGACAGUUUUGCAGAAGCUAUCAAGUUGGAUCCCCAGAAUGCCUGUGCACUAACGCAUUGUGGUAUACUGUACAAAGAUGAGGGCCGCCUAGUGGAUGCUGCUGAGUCAUAUCAAAAGGCUCUGACAGCAGAUCCCUCGUACAAACCAGCUGCUGAAUGCCUAGCCAUUGUAUUGACAGAUCUUGGAACUAGCUUAAAGCUUGCUGGAAAUACGCAGGAGGGAAUUCAGAAAUACUUUGAAGCAUUAAAAAUUGAUCCUCAUUAUGCUCCUGCAUAUUACAACCUCGGUGUUGUCUACUCUGAAAUGAUGCAAUUUGACGUUGCUCUUACUUACUAUGAGAAGGCUGCUUCGGUGAGGCCUAUGUAUGCCGAAGCAUAUUGCAAUAUGGGGGUAAUCUAUAAGAAUCGUGGCGAGUUGGAGACAGCUAUUGCAUGUUAUGAUAGGUGUUUAGCUGUUUCACCAAACUUUGAAAUUGCAAAAAAUAACAUGGCUAUAGCCUUGACUGACUUGGGGACAAAGGUUAAAUUAGAGGGAGAUAUCAAUCAGGGUAUAAGCUACUACAAGAAAGCUUUGACCUUUAACUGGCAUUAUGCGGAUGCUAUGUAUAAUCUGGGUGUUGCAUAUGGUGAAAUGCUCAAGUUUGACCUGGCUAUUGUGUUCUAUGAACUUGCUUUCCACUUUAAUCCUCAUUGUGUUGAGGCAUGCAACAAUUUAGGAGUGAUAUACAAAGACAGAGACAACCUUGACAAAGCAGUAGAGUGUUAUCAGAUGGCUUUGUCAAUCAAGCCAAAUUUCUCUCAGUCACUGAACAAUCUCGGUGUUGUCUAUACUGUUCAGGGGAAAAUGGAUGCUGCUGCAAGCAUGAUUGAGAAAGCCAUUAUUGCAAAUCCCUCUUAUGCAGAAGCAUAUAAUAACUUGGGUGUUCUCUACAGAGAUGCGGGCAAUAUUUCUAUGGCUGUUGAUGCUUAUGAACGAUGCCUCAGCAUUGAUCCAGAUUCUCGUAAUGCGGGCCAGAAUCGGUUGCUUGCCUUGAACUAUAUAAAUGAAGGAACUGAUGAUAAACUCUAUGACGCUCACAGGGAAUGGGGUAGGCGCUUUAUGAGAUUAUAUCAACAGUACACUUCAUGGGACAACCCGAAGGAUCCAGAACGACCCCUUUUGAUUGGAUAUAUAUCUCCUGAUUAUUUCACACACUCUGUAUCAUAUUUUAUAGAAGCUCCCCUUGCACAUCAUAACUAUGCAAACUACAAGGUGGUGGUUUAUUCAGCAGUUGUAAAGGGAGACGCAAAAACUAUAAGGUUUAGGGAAAAGGUCUUAAAGAAGGGUGGAAUUUGGAGGGAUAUAUAUGGGAUUGAUGAGAAAAAAGUUGCAAGCAUGGUCAGAGAAGAUAAAAUUGAUAUCUUGGUUGAACUUACUGGUCAUACGGCUAAUAAUAAGUUGGGAACAAUGGCAUGUCGCCCUGCACCACUUCAGGUUACUUGGAUUGGUUACCCAAACACUACUGGUUUGCCAACAAUUGAUUACAGAAUUACUGAUUCACAAGCAGAUCCUCCCGAAACAAAGCAGAAGCAUGUUGAGGAGUUGGUUCGAUUACCAGAUUGCUUUCUUUGUUAUAUGCCCUCCCCUGAGGCUGGUUCUGUAGCUCCAGCUCCUGCUCUUUCCAAUGGAUUCAUUACAUUUGGUAGCUUUAAUAACCUAGCAAAGAUUACACCUAAAGUAUUGCAAGUUUGGGCAAGGAUAUUAUGUGCAGUACCAAAUUCUCGCCUUGUGGUGAAAUGUAAGCCUUUUUGUUGCGAUAGCGUGAGACAGAGAUUUAUUUCGACACUUGAGCAGUUGGGUUUGGAAUCAUUGCGUAUUGAUCUUCUGCCUCUAAUUUUACUGAAUCACGACCAUAUGCAAGCCUACUCUCUGAUGGACAUCAGCCUGGAUACUUUUCCAUAUGCUGGAACAACUACAACAUGUGAGUCUUUAUACAUGGGAGUCCCAUGUGUUACUAUGGCUGGUUCAGUACAUGCUCACAAUGUUGGCGUGAGUCUUCUCAGCAAAGUUGGGUUGGGACAUUUAAUUGCCAAAAACGAGGAUGAAUAUGUACAGUUAGCACUGCAGCUGGCUUCAGAUGUUACAGCACUAUCAAAUUUGAGGAUGAGUCUCCGAGACCUUAUGUCCAAGUCUCCUGUGUGUGAUGGACCGAACUUUGCUCGUGGCCUUGAAUCGAGAUACAGGGAUAUGUGGCGCAGGUACUGUAAAGGUGAUGUGCCAUCUUCAAGACACAUUAAAAUGCUACAACAGGAGGCUGUUUCUGAAGAACCUGUUAUUAAAUUCUCAUACGAAAGCACUACUGGUUCUAUUAAGAGUAACGGGUUUAAUAUGGCUCCAGCAUCAGGACCUAAUCUUUCCAAUUGUGAAGAAAAUGGAACCAUAUCAAAGCAGACUGGAACCUGAAUCUGAUUGAUUUAACAUUGGAGGCACGGCGAGAUUGGUCUGAUUUGGACUUGCUACUAGUCUUGUUGAAUAGUCGAACUCCCCUUGAGAACCAAAUAUGGCUGCUUCUACAGCGACUGAAGCAUGUGGAUGGAGGAUCUAUGGGAGUAGCUAGGUGUUGAUUUCCUUGCAUAACUACUCUAUAACAUUCUUUUCAGUAAUCAGUGGUGUCGAGGAGGAAGCUGAUCUUCCGACCUGAGAGAGAACAGAAGAUUGGAAAAGACUUGAUGCUGAGUUGAUAUUUGCAUAGCUGAUUUUUUUACCGAACUCUAUUAGGAUUGUGGUUUGUAAAUCAUUAGAUUUUUGGUCAUUCAGGCUUUUAUUAUUAUAUUUUUGGUGAAGUUAUAUAAUUUAGAAAUUACCCACAUUGUGUGCUGUUAGGUAUUGUCAUUUUGUGAGAUGUAGUGGUGUCUUUAAUUUGAUAAUUGUUACAAUUGCCUUCUAGAUGCUAUUAUUAUCUUUCAUUGUA